AUGACCGACACCGUGGUAACCUCACCCGCACCUCGCCACGCUCGGCACGGUUUCGGAAGGGGAACUGGUCACUGCGCUUCGUGCCCUACUCGGGCCCUCGCUGUCCUGUGUCCGUUCGGCCCUCACGGUCCUCACUCCUGGGCUUUUACAAAAUACAAUUUUGGUAUCAUUCACACUGUUCAUGUUCUCUUCCACCACUCCGUUACCGUCGUGGUGUCAGCUGUCUCGCAGCUGUGUGACGGUCGCUUACGCGCCCUACGCAAUGAACAUCUCACUUCCGCGCUUCCGCGCUCCAGUUCGACGCAACCCUGCAGGUGGCUUUUCGUAGUUCAGAUAUUCCCUCCGGGGGUGAUCAUUCUAUUGUCAAUGCUUCAAUGGAAGCCUACUGUCUGGGGUGGCCUUCACUUCACUGUUGAGUAUCUACCGGUAGCCGAGGUCUUGGUCACUGGUGACUCAGCACUCAAGGUCGAGGUCAUCACCAACUCCAGUUUAGGCAAGUGGGGGCACUCCCCCCCGGGUUACUUCACAACUGCUCACUCCACUGUGUCCAGCGCGUCCUCGGCUUCAUCCACAUCCUCAUCUAACUCGUACGACAAAUCCCACUCGCCGAACAUAGAGGUACCCUUUCGAACUCUCAAGACGUCACCCCAUUCCUCACGGUCCAACUUCAGCGCAUCCCCGCAGCACUUCAACUGCCGAACCUGGCACUUGCUGGGUUCAAAGCCAUUGCCCGGCUUCCGGAGCACAUCGCAAAGCUCAUUCGAGGGUUCGUCCCACUCCAGUCUCAGCAAGACCCAAAAUAUGGUCCUGGCCUUUGUCCUUCCGACAACGGUUCGCGUCCCGUAG